ACUACUAUGAGUGACUUACACAGGUUAACGUUGCGCCGCUUUUGAAGAGUGUGUCUGACUUUUUUCAGUGUUUGGCAAAACCUGUUUUGUCGAUUAUGUGGUAUGGGCCUGCAUGGUAGGCUGCUUGUGGUAAAGGGAUCAGAGACUGCGGAAUUGGGACAAAGACCACAGAGCAUGAUAUACAGGCCGCGAGUUGCAACGACAUGCGAGAUCACUACCAGGCGCGUGUGACUCUAUGGCAAAACAUUCUUUAAUAUCGUUUCCAAAAUAUAACGUUGUAUUGUGAAGGAUAUACAAGUGUGGAAUUCUGAGGACGGAGUCUGCGACAGAAUAACUAUGGACUUGAAAUCGUUUGUUUGUAGCACCGUGUAAAGUGUGUGGGGUAUAUACACACCUCAGCAACGGAAAUAAGCAACGUUUGUGCUUGUACUUCAUUUUAAGUGAGAUUCAAUCAUGUUUUCCUAUCAGCAUUAUGUGACUCCUCUGGUUUUGAUAUCGACAGCAUCGUUACUGAUCUGUACUGAAGGGUCAACGGAGACGGUUAAAGCGACCACCUGUCAAUACCGGAAUGUGACGUACGCCGCCAGGCAGACCUUUAAACCAGACCCUUGUACGUUCUGCAAGUGUCCUCGGGGUGGAGGUGAGGCUAGAUGCGCCAUCAUGGACUGUAAGUGGGAACCCCAUUGUCUCAAGUUCGCUACUGACCAUGACGUAUGCUGCCCUACCUGUCUCCACUAUGGGUGUCUGCACAGUGACGGGAAGGUCUACGAGGUGGGGUCAGUUGUGUCCAGGGGUAACUGUUCCACGUGCUACUGUCCGGAGUCCGGAGGGCGGACUGUCUGUGAGGUGACGCAGUGUCCGCGGCCUCGGUGUGUUGACCAUGUCGUCAGAGAGGGCACCUGUUGUCCAUCAUGUCCAAAUGGGCAUAACUGUCAGUACAAAGGACACAUCAUCCCAGCGAACAAGAUACUGGACAUCGACCAUCGUCGUUGUCGUUGCAAGCGUCUGAAGUUGGCAAGGGGAACGUCGUUUUUUGCCAGCUGUCGAAAGAAGCACUACUGGCGAGCGAAACAUUAAAAGUGGUAUUCAAACAGUUGAAAAUGUAGCGCAUAUAAGUAUGUGAACAUACCAUCCAGCCAUGCACAGGGAAUUAAAUCCAAGGGCCAUGUCCACAAAGCGACGUUAAUUCUAUGACUGUCUUAAGACCGAUAUUUGAACGUUGACUUACGUCAGUUGUACAUCCUGCUUCACACAGUGGCAUAAUCACAAGUACAUCAUGUGAGUGUCAGUCAUAUACAUCGAGUUAGAUUAGCGACGGUGACGUGAUGUACACAUUACGUCAUCACAUCUGACGUCAACCAGGUUUCAGGGCUGACAUACAAGAAUGCCUGUCUCCCUUCUGUCUGACUGGUAUGCGCUUAUUUCACAUUAUCACAUGACAUUUGAUUGAUGGACGUUAUGACGUUCCUUGCUUUAUGUCAUCACUUAGUUAAUCACAUUCCUAUGACCACAACGCUGUAAUGUGCUUAAUCACGUGCUUAAUCACUUGUUAUAGCUUGCAAAUGGAUGUUGUGUACAGUCGAAACCCCAGUGUAUGGAGUCUAUCGGGACCGUUUUGUCUCUUCGAGAUAUCCGAAAAACCAGAUAACGAAGCAUCAGCACCAAGACCGUUCUGUAGCUGCGUAGCAUACGAUAGCAUACACAAGAAAUGUGUACGCGAUCUUAAAUUGAAAUGAUGUUUUACCUGCAAUGAUUUAAACAAAUGUGACAAAUUAUUACACUGUACAUUUACCUUAUCAGGCACAGUAGAAAUCUCAAUUAGCCUGUCCACUUCACAAUAACAACAAAAUGCCACCGAACCUUCAAAAUUGUUGAUUCACUGCGUCAUGUUAGUUGGAUUGCUUUAAUCCGACUCUGAAUACUAAGUAGAAUUUAGAAAUCAAGUAUGAUUAUUUCUAGACUGUACAAGAUAAAUUUAAACAUCGACAUGUUUUCGAAUUAGAAUAAAACAUGUUUCAU